ACGUGAUAAACUCGCGAUACUAUCUUCUAAAUGUAACACUAUGAUCGCGCCGCCAAUUUGUUUUGUGUUUGUAUAUGAACGUAUCUUUGUUCAACAUGAAAUUACGCUAUGAAGUUAUAAAAUCUUCAAUGAUAACUGGAAUAUUUGACUCAGUGAAGCAGUAUGAUCAAGUCAAGAUGUGCAAUGUUGUACACUUACUGAAUAUAAGAGUGAUUUAGAUGAUUAUUAAUCAUUUUUUUGAAGAUACUACGUAGCAAUUAUGUCAUUUUGUAAGAGACUUGCUCGAAGUAAACCCAUCCGUUUAUUAGGGAGUAUAGCUAUCAAAUGUUGGGCUUUCUCUGGAACUUAUAUACUUGCCUGUUUCUUUCUAUAUUGGUUGUAUGGUGGGAUUUCUGCUUUCUUUCUACUUUGUUUUGCUACUACAGGUAUAUUGUAUCAUAGAGAAGAUCAACUUGUUUAUCGACCAGAGUCACCAGCUAAUUCUCGGAUAUAUGUUCCUGCACCUUCGAUAUUUAAUUUACCUUAUCAAAGCAUUUAUACUAGAUCAGAGGAUGGUACCAUGUUACACAUGUUUUUUAUUUCUCAACCAGAGGAUAGAAUAAAAAAGGUGCCUACUUUGUUAUUUCUUCAUGGAAAUGCUGGUAAUGUAGGACAUAGACUAAAAAAUGCAGUUGGAUUAUAUCAUACUAUCCAAUGUAACAUUUUAAUGUUGGAGUAUAGAGGCUAUGGUUUAUCACAAGGAUCCCCAUCUGAAGAAGGUUUAUACAUGGAUGCUCGUGCAGGAAUUGAUUAUUUAUUUAGUAGAACUGAUAUAAAUACUAAUGAAAUAAUCGUAUUUGGUAGAUCAUUAGGUGGUGCUGUAGCCAUCAAUUUAGCUACAAAGCCAGAAAAUUCACAAAGAAUUUGGUGUCUUAUUCUUGAGAACACUUUUACUAGCAUUCCUGAUAUGGCUGCACUACUUUUUGGAUUGAGAUGUUUACAAUAUUUACCCCUUUUUUUAUAUAAAAAUAAGUAUCUGUCCAUCCUCAAAGUGCGGUCAGUAACGGUACCUACAUUAUUUAUUUCUGGUUUAGCGGAUACGUUAGUGCCUCCACGUAUGAUGCAAGAACUUUACAAGAACUGUAAAAGUUCGUGUAAAAAAAUACUUUCAAUUUCAGGAGGUACACAUAAUGAAACGUGGUGUCAACCUCGAUAUUACAAAAAUAUAUGUAAUUUUUUAAAUGAAUUGAGGGAAAAUCCUCCGGUCCAAGUGACGUCUAGUCACUGGCAAAUAGACGAUAUAUAAAGACAAAUUGCAAAGCUCACUUUACGUCCAAAGCGAUGAUUACAUUUUAAAAAUUGUUCAUCUUAAUGAAUAAAAAAAAGAUAUAUUAAUGUAUCUGAAUAAGUUAUUAAUCUUUAUUGUGAUCAAACAAUUUAAUUACAAACACAAUUUAGCUCAUAAUUAAUGCGGAUCAAUCUUCUAUGAAAAUAUUUUAUUAGAACAUAUAUUAAGAUUGCAAUAUUGGAAGUGAUGCAAUGUUUGAGAUCAUCGAACUAUCAUGAUUUAAAUUUAGUUAAGUGUCUGUCAUGCACUUGAAAUUUGUGAAUAAUUAUAUAAGACCUUAAAUCCUUCCAAUACUUAGGGUAUUUUUAGGGAAUGUUUAGAUAGUCUUAGUUAACUAUUUUCAUCGAAAAUGGGCUGUUUUUGUAUAAAAAAAAUAUUAUAUACAAUUAUACGAAUGCUAAUGUAUUUAUAUGUGUGAAUUAGAAAUAUAUAUUUAUUUUAAUGUUUUGAUAAUUA